CUACUGUAGCCUUGUAGGUGUGGUGCUGAUAAAUUUUAGUUCAGUAUAAAAUUCAAAUUAAUGGCCCUAACACUAAUAAUUGUUAUAUAUAAUUUCUCAUAGGUUCACAUGAUUUGUUCUUUGUUACCAGUGAUGGUAAAGUGUAAGAUUAUAGAUUAAAAAAUGUUUAAGAAAUUACGCGAUAGAAUUUCUGAGGAAGUUCAGCAGCAGUCUUUGAAGCUUCCUGCUUCUGUCCAGCAAUUGACUCAGCAGAGCUUGUUGGAUUUAUCAGGUCGAGAUGCAUCUGCAGCGGCCAAUAAUGUUAAUCUCUUCACUAUUGAUGAUGAAAGCCCAACCAAAGAUUUUGGAGUUAACGUGAACCCAAAGCGCACUGGUGGCCUCCAUGAUGUGCAGUUGGACAGCACUAGUGCUGGUCACAGCCCGGCAGGGUGGCCUCCAGUGUCUGCAAGAUUCCAUAGAGGUUCUGUUGGCUCCAGCACUUCUGACAUUCCUGCUUGUUCCAGCCCCUUGCCUAUGGGGGAUGUUCCAAGUGCCAACUUUACCAUUCCAUUGAGUGACCUGGAGUCAGCCAGUGAGUGGGAGGAGAGCUAUGCUGCUGAUGGUAUUACUAAAGACAGGCUUUUCCAGGCCUAUUCUAAAAUGCGGCAACGUUACCACAAGUACAAGGGCAGAUAUGCUGAUGUAGUGCGUGCGUACCGCGAGAAAGAGAGGGAAGCUGAGAAACUCAGGGACGUUCUUGCCAAGACUCAAGACCAAACAAUGAGACGGAUAUCGGAUCUUCGAGAUCAGUGUGCUCUUGAAACGCAGGCUAAGGCUCAUCUUGAAGAAGAGCUUCGUGGUGACUUGGAAGAAAAAGACCACAAAAUUCAGAGUCUUCUUACUAAGGUGCGACUCCUGCAAGAGGGCUACGGCUUGCACCGAGAAGAAGACACGAGCAACAACAACAAAUACGACGAAGUGAUGAACUCAGCGGGGGGACGCGGCGGGGACGCGGCUGAUGGCACUUGCAAGUCCCUGGGCUCCCAUGACUCCGGCGUGGCUGCCGGCGUCUGGGACGAUCCCUCAUUUCCUGGCCCCGGUGCUUAUGAUGAAGGAGGGGACCGUAGAGCAACAUGUUUGGAGGUGGAUAACGUAUCGCUGGGGUCCGUAUCGAUGAGCGCUGCUGUGUCCACGACCGGCAGCACAUACUCUCAGCUGCAGGCUGAAGAACUUAUUGAGAAACUCAAAGGUGAAGUGAGUCAGCAGAAGCAGCUGCUGGCGCGCUGCAUGGAGAACAUAAGAAACAAGCGCGACGUGGUGGCCGCCGUCACGGCUGAGAGGAACGGCCUGGCUGCUAAGCUGGCCGCUGUGCAGAACGAACACCAAAUAGAGUUAGAUCAGCUGAAGCAGACCAUCGAGUCGUCGGCGCUAAGCAUGGCGGAGACGAAACAGCAACUUUUUGAAGAGCUUCAGAGGAAGGAGGAACAGGUGGAGGAACUGAGGGAGCAGUGCGCUGAGCUGCAGCAGAAGCUGGACCAGCCGCCCCCGCCCCGCCCUGCUCCUGACGGCUGCUCUUCUCUCCCUGCUACGCCUGUGUUGAACGCCGACGAGGAGACAGCGGCUUUAGAGAAGCAAGCUAUCAGGCUCGCUGUCGGCCUCUGUCCGGAGGUUUCUCCACCAAGCUCUUUGUUGGUGGCAGUUCCUUCGCUAGAACAUUCUUCACUAGGACAUCCUUCACUAGAACAUCCUUCACUGGUACAACCACUGGAUGAAAAUCAGUCCUUGGUUGGUCAAACAGAGAUCUUACCAUGUGAGGAGCAACAGUCGUCGCAGACCGAACCACUGCCUUCGUCGGGAGAUCUCCUGACAUUUUCAGAAGCGAUUGACCAGAAGAGUAGCACUUCUAACGAUGUACAGACGACCUACGUGGCCGCUAUUGCAGAACUCGAAACAACAAAGCGGGAUCUACAGUGGAGAAUAGGAGAACUCGAGGAAAAAAAUCGGCAGAGUGAAGAGUUAGUUCGGCAGCUGACUGAUGAUUGUGCAGAAAUGGAGACCAAAUAUUCCAAUGUACAAAAUAGAAACGAAAGAUUGCAAGCUGAGCUUGACAGCUUGAAUGCAAGUUACCAUGAAGUACAAGGCUCGGUCAACGAACAUGUGAAGCAAAGAAGCGAAUUGAGUAAUCGAGUGUCGUGUUUGUUGGAAGAAAUACAACUUCUUAAAGAAACAACUGAGCAGCACGAACGCUCUAAAAGUGAAUCCAGCAAAUUAGCCGAGCAAAUUGAGACGCUGAAGGACUCUCAUAAUCGAUUAGAAUGUGAAUUACUUGCGAUUAAAACUGAGAGAGAGAAGCUGCAAAGAGAUCUGCUUGAGGCCAUCAGUGAACGAGACGAAAUUCGCGGCGCUGCGAGCUUCACAUUGACGUGCUUACAAGAACUGUCGUCGUCGCUUGACGAUGAACUUCUGGUCGGAGGAAAGGUUUUGAACACUGAGAGGACGGUAGAUUCCAAGAGAGAAAUAGUUUAUUCGUCAGAGGCAUUUGACGUCAGGCAGUAUUGCGAUAAUCUCAAGCAGCGAAUUCAUGACCAGCAUAGUACUUUGGAGAAAUUGCAGUCGGAUAAAUGUGAUGCGGAGAAAAGAGUUUCGGUGUUACAAAAUCAAUGUGAUUCGCUGAUGGCAGAGGCUGACUCGAUAAUUAAUGAUCGACGUGAGUUACAAGCGAAACUCGAGCAUGUUGAGAACGAGUUUGAUUCUUGCAGACAAAGGUGUGAAGUUUUAGAAGAACAGGCUACAAAGUCUCUAGAAAUUCGCUCCAAUGUUGAACAACAAAUUACGCAUUUAAAUUCGAAUCUUAAACUUUUAGAAGCUGAAAGGAGCGAAAAAUCGGCUGAAAUUGAAGGUUUACGUGAACAAUUGGAAAUUACAUCACAAAACUUGGUUGAUGCAUCUCGAAAAAACGACGAACUUCACACCAUUCAAGAAAAUUUGAAGAUUGUAAACGAAGCUCUGACGACAGAAAAAGCAAGCCUCAGCUCAAGCUUGAGCGAUGUUCUCACAGAAAGAGACGAAUGGAAGUCCAAGUGCACCUCGCUGCAGAAUGAGAAUGAUGAGAAACAAAGAAGAGUUCUGGAGCUGGACAAACUUUUAGACCAGAGUAACUCGGCGUUAUCCGUUUCAAUGGAAAAAACGGACAAAUUAAGUUCGGAAAACGACAAUUUAAAUACUCGUUUGAUCGAAUUGGAAGACAUGCACGAACGAUUGAGAAAUAGUACGCAGUCUGCUUCUGAUUUAGAACAGAACGCCGAGUUACUGCGGGCAGAAAUAAGUCAGAAAAAUUCUGAUUUAUCACAGAUGGAAGAACAAGCAGCUUUCAGAGAGAAAGAAAUAUCUGAAUUGAUGAGUAGUCGAGACGAGCUGAUUUCCACGAAACAAGUGCUCGCUGAUCGAAUAAAAAGCCUGGAAAACGAUCUUGAAGCCAGCAAGAGCUUGGAGCUUGAGUUGAAGCAUGAGAUGAAUCUGCUUAACGAGCAGCUUGAGACGGUAACUAAUCUAGAAACGCGAGCUCUUGAUGCUGAAGGAAGAAUAAACGAACUUGAAACUUCUUGUGCAACCCGCGUGGCAGAUCUGGAACAACUGCUAAAUGAUUCCAAGGAACGAACAAAUAAACUUGAGGAUGAACUGAAAAAUUCGUCUCUGAGAAUUGCGGAGUUGGAAAACGAGUUAGAAAUAUUAAAAAUUACUCGUGACUCUCAAGUGGUUGAACUGGAACGGUUGAAGAUGGAUUCCGAAAGAGUUGCUGAACUAGAACAGCUUAAUAAUGAAUCUAGUGCUCGUGUAGUUGAGCUUGAAAGUGAGCUUGAGGUCCUAAAAAGAACAUCCGAUUCACGAGCGAAGGAGCUGCAAAACGAGCUAGAACAGGCAAAUAUGGAUUCAAAUAGCAAAUUUACCGAACUAGAACAGCUUAAAAUAGAAUCUAGUACUCGUGUGGUCGAGCUAGAAAGAGAGCUUGAGGUCGUAAAAAGAACCUCAGAUUCACGAGUGACUGAAUUGCAGAAAGAGCUGGAACAGGUGAAGAAAGAGAUGAGUAUCAGCACGACUGAACUAGACAAACUGAAGCUAAAUUCAGACUCACGUGUUGCCCAACUAGAAGAAGAGAAAGAACGGAUUAAACACACUCACGAUUUGCAAGUGAAGGAGCUGGAGCAGAGAUUGGCUACAUCCGACGACCGCUUGCAGGAUUUGGGAAAGGAAAUGCAGCGACUGAAGGAUGCGCAUGAUGUGUGUCUGGCUGACAUGGAACAACUGAAAAGAACAUCAGAUUUGCGAGUAAUGGAGGUAGAAAAUCAGCUGCUACAUUGUAAACAGGAACUAAAUGCGAGUAAAUUAGAGCUAUCACAGAAAACUGAGCUGCUAGCCAAGAAAGAAGAUGAGUGGCGUGUUGAUGUCACGGACCUUCGAGCCAAACUAGAGGAAAAAAGUAAUGAAGUGCAAAAUCUGAACCAGGAAAUGGAUCAGCGUAUCACUGAUCAUGAAAAUCAAGUUAAAGCUUUGCUUACGCAACAUGAAUACCUCAAUGAAGAACUUAGCACAAGUAAACAAACGGUUGAGGAGCUAAGGAAGAACCUGAACUCCAUUGAAAAGAACCUCACAGAAGCAAACUCGCUUAAUUCAUCACAUUCAGAUGAACAUCGGCAGCUUCUGAAUACUUUAUCCGAGAAGGAGCAGCUGAUCGUGACGCUCAGAGAGGAGAACCAAAAUCUUUGGACAAAAUCCCAGGCGCGUAUGAAGGCCGUGAGCCAAGAGCUGGAGCAGCAGAAGGCCCUCAUGCAGGCUGCCAGCCGCGAGCUCGAGGAGAAGAUCUUGGGUCUCGAGACGAACUCUGCGGAGAAUGAGGCGCUCUCUGAACACCAGAUCGCAUCUUUGGAGGCGCAAGUGAAGGAAUACGAGGGAAGGUUAUCACUGCAACAGCUGGAGUAUGAACAGGUGCAACAGAAGCACGCAGAGCUGUUACAGCAUCAGGAUCAGCAGCUGUUGCAGCAACAACAGCUUCAAGAGCAGCAGCAAGUUUCUGGUGCUGGCAGGACCAGCGACGGUGUAGAUGUAUCGGCUGAGCAGCGGAGUCAGCUCGAGAAUACCCGUUCGAGUUCUCCUGAUAUCGCCGCGAUGAGAGCCGAGCAAUUACAGUUGAAGGGCAUGAUAGCCAAGUACGAGGAGGAGAGAGAGAACUCAGUCAAGCUCGUGGCAAUGCUGCAGUUCAACAAUGAACAUAAUAAAAAUAAGGAAGAGAACCAGGCAGAGGUGUUCAACAUGGAGCUCUCUUACGCUCAGCUCAGCGAGAAGGUGAAGGCUUUGCAGGAGAAACUCGACAGCCGCGACAAGUCGACCGAAGAGCUCAACUACGACCAACGAGUGAAGGAUCUUGAGGAGCGACAUGCCUUCGACAAGGAAAAGGUUCAAACACAAUUCCUGGAGCUACAAAAGAAGUCAGAGGAAGUAUUCCUCGCGGAAAAGGCGGAAUUGGAGAAAAAGUACAAAGAGACUGUAAAACGACUCGAGGAGGAGGUGGCAGGGUUGCAGGAAAUUAAGGAGAGCUACGCGAAGCAGGUGCAGCAAAUAGAGGAGAACAAUGCGGCCAUGCAUGGCAAAUUGAGCGCCGUGCAAGAUGCCAGAGAUCUGGCGCGAGCGGAGAAGCAGAAGCUCGAAGACCGUUUGAGCGAACUUAGUAAAGAAAAAGAUCAAAUUCAACGUGAAUUUGAUGAACUAUCUAAGUUAAAAGUCAAGUUUGAACACGAACUCAAUGAUGAGCGAAUGAAAGUUGGCCGGCUAGACGAGCGUCUUGUUCAACUUACUAAGGAAAAUAACGAACUACAAAGUAAAAUUCGUAAACUCUCGCAUUGUCAAGACACCGUGUCUGGAGAGGUGCAGUCUCUAGCUAAAUCUGAGGAAGAUCUGAAUGGAGAAUGCGAGCUUUUGAGAGAAAAUCUACGAAUUGCACGAGAAGAAGCGUCAACUGCUGAAGCUAGAAGCACCCUAGAGCGGGACCGAAUGCAGGAUGAGAUCAACCGACUCAAGGAUCAACUGGAGGCGCAGGGUAACCAGAUGAGUUGUCUGCAAGCAAAGGAGGAAGCAAUGCAAAAGCUGGAGACUGAGCUCAAACUCAAGAAUGAAGACUUAAUAUCGAGAGUGGCGGAAGAACGACGAAGCCAAAGCGAGGAGCUCGAGCGUUUGCUUCAGAGCCUGGCUGCCAAGUAUGACGCUAGAGCCUCUGCACAAGCAGCCGAGGAAAGUUGGGACGAGGUUACCGCAGAUGCCCAGACUGCUCCUGGUGAUGCCUCCGACGUGGAUAAUGCCGCUCAAAAUUCGUUACCCUCGGGGAGUGAAGGAAGCGUGAAGCGUGAUAUUGAGUCGCUUCUGUCGCACGUAGAAGGCGCGUGGCGCACGCGUACGGCGCAGCUCGUGUUGCGCAAGGAGCAGCAACUCAGGCGCGAGAUGGAGCAACUGGAGCAGGAGUGGAACAAGGAGAAGAAGGAGUUGGAGCGGCUGACGGGUGUUGCGGCGCAGGCGUUCAGGACGGGCAAAGACUCGGUGGAGCUUCUGCGUCAGCAGGUCGAGCAGCAGCGGCAGGAGCUGCAGCACAUCAAGCGACAGCACAAGUUGGAGGUGGGAGAGCUGCGGGCGCUGCUGGAGGUGAAGAAGCGCGGCAAGAAAUCAGACGCCAGCGGCACCUCGGCCACCGCAGCGCUGGAAGAUUCUGCUGAGUUCGAGUAUCUCAAGAACGUCCUGUACCAGUACAUGAUGGGGCGCGAGACGCAGACACUGGCUCGCGUGCUCUGCGCAGUCGUGAAGUUCGAUGAGCAACAGCAACAAGAUAUCGCCUCGCACCUCCAGUCCUUGACGUCCAUGAGAGGAGCAAGGUCAUCAGGCUCUGGCACAGAUGCCUCACGAUCUACAAAUUUUUCUGAUGAUUCGAAACCUCCGCCAAUCCCUCCUAAGAAACGCUAAUUCCUUAUGCGCGCGACGCGAGAGUUCAUCAGACGCCCGGCUGGUCGCUGGGCUUCAUCAGUUAACUACUCACUGCGGCCAAAGCCAAGAUCAACGCUUCCCGGUCGCUCGAAGAGCUCCCGCUCUCGUAGUCUCCAUCCUUGAGCUGACGAUGAGCUAGAGACCGCCUCGCAUUAACACGUGCGAGAAUCUGGAGACAUAUCUUACCUUGUCAAGUUACUCCUGUGCUCUCUAUUAUCUUACGUGAUUAAUUAAUGUGAUAGUUUGUUACACAAAUCAUCACAAAGUUCAUUGAUUUGUAAUGCUGCUCGUCUAUGGUUGGGAAAUGGAAUCGCUCGAAAAUGUUUCCUUUGUAUGUUCCUCAGCUUUACAGCAUUGGUCGCUCAAGGCUCUGCCUCAAUCAACCUGGUAGUCAAAUGCCAGGAACAGGUCUCUUUUUUUUUGGUUUACUUUCCCGUCCUGAAUGCCAAGUUUUUGAUGAUUUCGUAGUCUGUAUAAUUGUGUUUUAUUGUAGGGUAUUACUUUAUGAUUAUGAUUUUCGAAAGGGAGCCCUGCUAUCCUCGAUGAAGCUUAAAAAAAAAUGACACAUGUUAGUUAUAUUUAAAGAUUUCAACGCUGAGUCGCAUUAAGCCGCUGGUUUUAUUAUUGAAAUGGCUACCUAGUUUUUUUGCCGUUUUAAUUUAUGUACAUUGAUUACUCAAGUUCCAUCUGUCAUACAGAAUAUUUACGACGUGUUGGCGCUUCGCGGAAUGCACAAGAUUACGCAAGACUUUUUUUUAGAAGAAUCCGAAGUAUUUAACUUCCAACACAUUCAUCUAUUUCAGUAACACGAACUUCAAAAGAUGUUUUCUAUUCAGUCAUCUAUAUUUAUUAAUAAAACUUUUUUUAAAAAGAUAUAUUUCUUCGU